CACCUUGAAAGUUGGAUGACCCGCCAACCCAAUCCCAAAGAAGAAGAAGACCUGUCGCGUGAGAUAUUUACUUGGUUCACUACAGUCAAGAUGAGUACGUUUAACAGCGUUUUGCUGAACAUUUCAGGUGAACUUGUUGGUGAUCAAUUGGAGAAAAUGAAGUUCCUGUGUAUUACAGAAAUAGGAAAAAAUCGUCUCGAGAAGAUGACCAGUGGCUUACAACUUUUCAUGGUCCUAAUGGAAAGAAAUAAACUUGGACCUGACAACACAGUAUUUCUAGUUUCGCUUUUGACAGACAUUGGUCGCCUAGAUCUUGCGGACAAACUUACCAACUGUGAAAGCCAAUAUGCUGGAACACCGAAUUAUCUUCCCAACGAUGAGGAGCAAGCAAAACUUGACAUCGCAACAGAAAUUAUCACUAACAACAUUGGAAAGAAGUGGCGAACAUAUGGUCGUAAACUUGGUCUGCCAGAGGCCAAACUGGACCAUAUCGCGCAGAAGCACCCAAACAACCUGGAAGAGCAAGUGAUGGAGCUUUUGAAGGAGUGGCGGAAAAAGCAGAAAGCUGAGGCCAAAACAGACACUUUGAUAAAGGCCCUUCACUCCUGUGAUCAGAACUGCACUGCUGAUCUGACACAGACAGAACUUGAAAAACUUAAUGCCAAUGGUGGACAGUGAAAGUGUGACAAACAAUCUUCAUCUUUUCUUAGGCCUCUUAUGUUGUUUACUCAAUGGAUUAUUUAUUGAUUGCUUUCACAAUGAGUUUGGUGCUUUUAUACGAUUCAGUAAAUUCACCACAAUUUGUUGGCAAUAUUGGUAUACCAGUAUACUCAUGGACCAGUAUAAUUUUAUGGAAAGUAGCCCAGUGCACUCUGGGUACAUACAUUCCUACUACAUAUUGUAAGGGAAUUUGGGAGAAACUUGAUUGGACUAUGGAUAUUAUAAAAUUGUAUAGAUAAUGUGCAUUUAAAUGUGAUAUUGAUGUAUCCACUGUUGAGAUUAGUAAACUGGUAAAAGAUUAGUAAACUCCCUCAAGCUGGUAAAAAUACUUUUCUAAUUAUUUAAUGUUGAAGUAAACUCAAAUGGAUUUGUUUA